AUGGUUUCUCAUCCGUCGGCACUUUGCUCUUCCGCUCAAGCGGUCGUCGGCGCCAUGCGGGAAAGAGCACAGCGGAAAGGGCUCUCGCCUUCGAGGCUGCGACUACCGUUUGUGGCGUUUGUCGUCGCUGUCGCCGUUGUCCUUGUUUUUGCGUCACUGCCCGCCAUAGGGGCUCAGCAGGCGUCACCCGUGCCCCUCGUGUGUGAUGCGAAGGCCCCCGAGACGACGUGCACCUGCUCCGAAGCGAAAGGCAAGGCCAGCGAGAGCGAAACGUCGGCUACCUUAUCGAAGGAGACGAACAUCCUCAGUGUGAAGUGCAACAACGAUCUUGUUUUUGCGCCAACAGGCAAUAAAAACACGUUGGUCUGCCCAGCAGGCUCUGGUGACCUGAAGGACUGCAAGCUCGACAUUGUCGAGCUGCUUGCCAAAGAACCGAGCGGCGUCCAGUGGGACGAGUGCAACGAGAGGGAAAAGAGCACGGGAAAGUGCAAGACCCUGACUAUCCCGCAGGCAAAUUUCCCGUUUGUUGACGAAAGCUUUGCUGUGGGUUGUACCGUAAACCUAGACUCCAACGACAAACUUUGCAGAAUCCCUGUGACAAUCAAAGCCAGAACUAGCGAGACAAACGGUCAGAGUGUCACGUGUGCCUACGGCGCCGGCAGCAAUGAAUCUCGUCAAGCCGUCACGCUCAACCCAUCCAAGAACAGCUUCACUCUGGUCUGUGGAGAGAAGGGAACCGUGCUGCCGACGAACUACGAUACUAAGUUUUGCUCCUCAGAUCCAGCUGGCACGAGUACGACAUGCGACGGAGACUACCAGUCGAUUCUGCCGGGAUUCGAGAACGGCUGGUGGAAAAAAGACGAUCCCGCCACCCCCAAGUCGUUCACUUUGUCGAUUCCAGUUGACAAGUUCCCGAAGGAGCAGGCGAAGAUGGUCGUCGCGUGCCAGCAAACGACACCGAAACCCAGCAGCAAGAUAGCCAAAGAUGAGAAAGCAACGUCCAGUGUGUGUAGAGUCGACGUCACUAUUGAGGCGGGUUCUCCUGCCUCCUUGUCGCUGGGCUCGUGGAACUUGUCUUCUCGGCUUCUGGCACUCGCCGUCACCCUCGUGAUGGCUCGCGGCAUGUGA